AUGACCGAUGAUAUUAACAUGAGAUUUGUUACAGCUCUGAGAGACAUCGAUUUAGAUAAACGCAAGAAACUUGCUUUACAACAAGCGUGGAAGACAUACAGUCAUACAACAAAUCCGGAAUCAUCAUUCAGUUUUAUUGCACAGAUGGCAGAAUGUACUACAGCAGAAGUAAGGCAAUAUUUUAUAGGACAGCGGCGUUCUAUUAACGUGGAACAGCCACCUUCUCCUGCUUCAACUUUAUCACCAUCUCCAAGUACAUCAAGCGAUCUUACAGAACUUUCUGAAAAUUUUGCUUCGGCAGCAACAUCAGAUGGACUGUCUCACACUGAUUUACAACAAAGCAAUUCACCAUCACCACAAGCUAUAAAUAUGCAAGAGAGACCGAAACGAAAGGGGAAACCUAAACGUAAAUCGUUUGCGUCAAGUGACAAUGAAGAAGCACCAGAUGCUAAACGUCAUAAAA